UCUCCGCCCACUGCUCUCCGGCUGCCGGAGCGUUUCAUUUCGGAGUGCCUCACUCACACACGCACGCACAGUUGAAGCAAGGUGAAGAAAGGAUGGACGGAUGGAGCAGAGCUGACCCAGGCGAGUCCGGAAGCUGAUCCGUUCACGGCGAGCCGCCCAGGGAGCUUCAACCAUGGGAUUCCUCCACCAGCUCCACCUCUUGCUGUGGAAAAACGUCUCUCUGAAGCGAAGGGGACCGUGGGUGCUGGCGUUUGAGAUCUUCAUCCCCCUCGUUCUCUUCUUCAUCCUGCUGGGUCUGAGGCAGAAGAAGCCCGCCAUUCCCGUGAAAGAAGUGUCCUUCUACAGCGCUGCCCCCCUCACCUCAGCGGGCAUUAUUCCGGUCAUGCAGUCACUGUGUCCGGAUGGCCAGCGGGACGAGUUUGGAUUCCUACAGUACAAAAACUCCACUGUAACUCAGCUGUUGGAGCGGAUUGGUGAGGUUGUGGAGCAGAAUCACUUGUUCAUGUCAGACAGGCCGAGUCUGGGGGAGGAGCUGGAGUCUCUGCAGCAGCACCUGGAGAGCCUCAGUUCAGCACAGAGUCCUUUAGAGAACCGCUUCAACACCAGCCACGGCUUCACCGUGGGCAGCGUCCUGCGGAACCAGUCUAUGUUCCAGCAGUUCCUCAUCAGAAACCUCUCUCUGGCCAACGACACAGCCAGCCUGCUACUCUCCUCCCCCGUCAACCUGAAAGAGGUGUAUAACCUCAUCUUUGGCACAUAUCCUAAAGGAGGGAGCUGGGCAGAGGGUCAGCAUGGUGCUCACAGCCCGGGAGAGAAAGUUUUACAGCUGGAGGAGCAGCUACUAGGGGGCUGGCACAGUCUAGAGGGUGGGCUGUUGCAGAAGGCACUGAGAGACCCCGCUAAAGCAGCUGAAAGGCAGGCUCUGCUCAGGCUGCUCUCUCAGGCCCUCGGUCUCGUCGGGACAGGGGCAGCAUCGCAAAAAUAUGACCCUCAGGGUCUGCGAGAGAUGGAGGGAAUUCUACUGACCGGUGGAGUGUUGGAGGUGCUGACCUGUGGAGAGGGUGGGAACAGUGAGCUGAAUAAGAUCUUAUUGGUCCCUGAGAAGCAGCAGUCACUGUUACAGACUUAUCAGGCGGCUGUGUGUGGAGGAGAGCCAGGACAGAGGGCGGAGCGUUUUGGAGAGAUCAGUCAAGAGCUGAGGGACCAGAUUGACACCCAGAGGAUUAUAGAGAAGUUGCGGCUGGAUCAGGCAAAUGUGUCUGUUUUGCCGGUUCAGUCUCACCUGGGCGCUUUGCUGAAGGACCUCGCUGAAGUGGAGCGGUUGCUGAGGGAUGUGGAUCUGCUGUCAGGAUUGGCUAAGCUGCUGCCUAAGGGGGCAUGUGCAGGCCACCAGACUCCACCCACAGCCAACAACUCCACCUGGAGCUCCAACAGCACCACCUGGGGCCCCAACGCAACAGAGGGAUCUACAGAGGGAGGGCAGGAGGAGUCUAUGGGGAAAGAGGCAGAGGCAGAAAACCCCCACUCACAGUUCUCUGCUUUUGUUCAGCUGUGGGCUGGACUGCAGCCCAUCCUGUGUGGGAAUAAUAGGAUCAUUGAGCCUGAAGCUUUGAAGCAGGGCAACAUGAGCUCGCUCGGCUUCACCAGCAAAGAGCAGCGCAAUUUAGGGCUUCUCGUGCACCUCAUGACUACAAAUCCAAAGAUCCUCUACUCACCCAUCGGCUCACAGGUGGACAAGGUCAUCCAGAAGGCCAAUGAGACGUUUGCGUUUGUGGGAAAUGUGACCCAUUACGCCCGAGUGUGGCUAAACAUUUCUGCAGAGCUGAGGGCUUUUCUGGAGGAAGGCAAACUCCACAACCACCUGGCCUGGCUGCAACAGUUCACCUCUGACCUGCGGAGGCACCCAGAGCUGCUGAACUCUUCAGACAGUGAGCUAGUGGACAGUCUACUGCAGGAGAACUUCACCCUGCCCAACAUCAGCACGCUGCUCGAGCAGCUGGACACCAUCGACAACGCUGCCUGUGGCUGGACUCAGUUUAUGUCAAAGGUCAGUGUGGAUAUUUUCAAAGGCUUCCCUGAUGAGGAGAGUAUAGUUAACUACACGCUGAACCAGGCCUAUCAGGACAACGUCUCUGUCUUCGCAAGCGUGAUUUUCCAGACCAACAAAGAUGGCUCUCUGCCUCCCCAUGUGCAGUAUAAGAUCAGGCAGAAUUCCAGCUUCACUGAGAAAACCAACGAGAUCCGCCGCGCUUACUGGCGGCCGGGACCCAACACAGGCGGAAAGUUCUACUUCCUCUACGGCUUUGUGUGGAUCCAAGAUAUGAUGGAGAGAGCGAUUAUUAACACGUUUGUUGGACACGAUGUCGUGGAGCCUGGGAAUUAUGUCCAGAUGUUUCCUUACCCGUGCUACACCAGAGACGAUUUCCUGUUUGUAAUAGAGCACAUGAUGCCCCUGUGUAUGGUCAUCUCCUGGGUCUACUCAGUGGCCAUGAUGAUCCAGCACAUAGUGGCUGAAAAGGAGCAUCGACUCAAAGAGGUGAUGAAGAUGAUGGGUCUGAAUAAUGCUGUUCACUGGGUUGCUUGGUUCAUCACUGGCUUUGUGCAGCUCUCCAUCUCAGUGACCGCACUCACGGCCAUACUGAAAUAUGGCAAGGUUCUCCUCCACAGUGACCCCUUCAUCAUCUGGCUCUUCCUCACCGUCUAUGCCAUUGCCACCAUCAUGUUCUGUUUCCUGGUGUCAGUGAUCUACUCCAAAGCCAAGUUGGCCUCAGCAUGUGGUGGGAUUAUUUAUUUCCUGAGCUAUGUUCCCUACAUGUAUGUGGCCAUUAGAGAGGAGGUGGCCCACGACAAGAUCACUGCCUUUGAGAAGUGCAUUGCGUCUCUGAUGUCCACCACUGCUUUUGGCCUGGGCUCAAAGUACUUUGCCUUGUAUGAGGUGGCUGGAGUGGGCAUCCAGUGGCGCACCAUCAACCAGUCACCAGUAGAGGGCGAUGACUUUAACCUGCUGCUGUCCAUGGUCAUGCUAAUCAUCGACGCCACUGUGUACGGAGUGCUGACCUGGUACAUAGAGGCUGUUCAUCCAGGGAUGUAUGGGCUGCCCCGGCCAUGGUACUUCCCCCUGCAGAAGUCUUAUUGGCUGGGCAGUGGGCGUAUUGAGACUUGGGAGUGGCCCUGGGGGAGCAGUGCCAGGCUGAGUGUGAUGGAGGAGGAUCAGGCAUGUGCAAUGGAGCACAGACGCUCAGAGGAAACUCGUGGAAUAGAAGAGGAGCCCAGUCACUUGCCCCUAGUGGUCUGCAUAGACAAGCUCACCAAAGUCUACAAGACAGGCAGCAAACUGGCUCUGAAUAAGCUCAGCUUAAACCUGCACGAGAACCAAGUUGUGUCUUUCCUGGGGCACAACGGGGCUGGAAAGACCACCACCAUGUCCAUCCUCACUGGACUGUUCCCCCCCACUUCUGGCUCAGCCACCAUCUACGGCCACGACAUCCGCACAGAGAUGGAGCGCAUCCGGCAGAACCUGGGCAUGUGCCCCCAGCACAACGUGCUUUUCGACAAGCUGAGUGUGGAGGAACACCUGUGGUUCUACUCGCGCUUGAAGGGCAUGGCUGAAGAGGACAUCCGCAAAGAGAUGGACAAGAUGAUUGAGGAUCUGGAGUUAUCUAAUAAGCGUCACAGCCUGGUGCAGACACUGUCCGGGGGCAUGAAGAGGAAGCUGUCUGUGGCUAUCGCGUUUGUGGGCGGUUCGCGGGCAGUCAUUCUGGAUGAACCCACUGCAGGAGUGGACCCGUACGCUCGGCGGGCGAUCUGGGACCUCAUUCUCAAAUACAAACAGGGUCGGACCAUCCUCCUCUCCACCCACCACAUGGAUGAAGCUGACCUGCUGGGUGACCGCAUUGCCAUCAUCUCUCAUGGUAAGCUGAAGUGCUGCGGCUCGCCACUGUUCCUCAAGAGCACCUACGGAGACGGAUACAAGCUCACGCUCGUCAAGAAACAGAGCGACUCCAAUGCUGCAGAUCAGUCGAGCGUACCCCCCUCCUCCGCCCUGUCUCCGUGCUCAGAGAGCAGAGUUACUCAGUUUAUCAGACAGUAUGUGGCCUCCUGCCUGCUGGUGUCUGACUCCAACACUGAGCUGUCCUAUGUCCUGCCGUCUGAGGCUGUCAAGAAGGGCUGCUUCGAGAGACUGUUUCAGGCACUGGAGCAAAGUCUGGACAGCCUGGCCCUUACCAGUUUUGGAGUGAUGGACACCACACUGGAGGAGGUCUUCCUUAAAGUGUCAGAGGAGGACCUGUCUGUGGAGAACAGCGACGCAGACAUGAAGGACUCUCCGGGGGGCUCCUCUGCGGGUAAGCCAACGUCUUUAGCCGGGCCGCAGGCUGAUGGUGCUGUGGUUGGGGCAGUGACCCGGCCAGAGGUGGAGCUGAGUAAUCUGGUGAUGUGCUCUAGACUGAGCCCCAGUCAGGCCUCACUGCGCUCCGACUCCUCUCUGGGCUCAGUGCGGGGAGACGAGGGCGGACCGUACUCAGAGUUUUAUGGAGAAUACUGCCCCCUGUUUAAUAACAACCAGGACCCAGACUCUGCCAGCCUCAGAGAUGAGGCAUCAUGCUCUCCUGAGCCGGCCGUGCUGGAGGGUCAGGGUAGCUUUAAGCUGGAGGGCUGGUGGCUCAGACUGCGACAGUUCCACGGCCUCAUUGUCAAGAGGUUCCACUGCGCCAAGAGAAACACCAAAGGCCUGUUCUCCCAGAUCCUGCUGCCUGCCUUCUUCGUCUGUGUGGCCAUGACUGUCGCUCUGUCCGUGCCGGAGAUAGGUGACCUGCCUCCCCUCAUUCUGUCACCAUCUCAGUAUCAUAACUACACACAGCCCAGAGGAAACUUCAUCCCCUAUGCCAAUGAGGACCGGUUGCAGUAUAGGAGCAAGCUGUCGCCAGAUGCCAGCCCUCAGAAGAUAAUCAACACCCUGCGGCUGCCCUCAGGCGUGGGGGCCACAUGUGUGCUGAAAACGCCCUUUAACAGCACUUUGGACCAGCUGGCCCAGACCCUCAACCCCUACGCCAACAACUCCAAAACACUGGCCGCCCGCUACUUUGACUCCAUGUGCCUGGACUCCUUCACCCAAGGUGUCCCCCUGUCCAACUUUGUCCCCCCUCCCCCCUCUCCUGCACCCUCUGAUGACCCAGAGCCACGCUUUGAAGAUGGCAUCUGGAACUACACAGCAACCCCACCCACCACUGUCCAUGAGAUGGUGACGUCUCCUCCUCCGCUGCCUCUCUCUAUCCGUGAGCCGGUACGCUGUAUCUGCUCCAUGCAGGGCACAGGCUUCUCCUGCCCCAGUGGAGUCGGAGGGCGACCACCUCUCAUGAAGGUGGUCACUGGGGACAUCCUGGUGGACAUCACCGGCCGCAAUGUGUCUGAAUACCUCCUCUACACCUCUGACCGUCUGAGACUGCACAGAUAUGGAGGCAUCACUGUUGGAAACAUCCAGAAAUCAGUUCCAGCAUCCUUCGGGAGAAAGACGCCACCUAUGGUGCGCAAAAUAGCAGUCCGGCGAUCGGCCCAGGUGUUAUACAAUAACAAAGGCUACCACAGCAUGCCCACCUACCUGAAUGUGCUCAACAAUGCCAUCCUGCGAGCCAACCUGCCCCUUAGCAAGGGCAACCCUGCAGCUUACGGUAUCACAGUGACCAAUCAUCCCAUGAACAGGACCAGUGCCAGCCUUUCUCUGGACUAUCUGCUCCAGGGCACCGAUGUGGUCAUCGCUAUCUUCAUCAUUGUUGCCAUGUCUUUUGUUCCAGCCAGCUUUGUGGUCUUUCUGGUGGCUGAGAAAUCCACUAAGGCCAAGCACCUGCAGUUUGUCAGCGGAUGUGACCCCGUCAUUUACUGGCUGGCCAACUACAUAUGGGACAUGCUCAAUUACCUGGUUCCGGCCACAUGCUGCAUUCUCAUUCUGUUUGUGUUCGACCUUCCUGCAUACACGUCGCCCAAAAACUUCCCGGCGGUGCUCGCUCUGUUCCUGCUCUAUGGCUGGUCUAUAACCCCCAUCAUGUAUCCAGCCUCAUUCUGGUUCGAGGUGCCCAGUACUGCCUACGUUUUCCUCAUCGUCAUAAACCUCUUCAUAGGAAUCACAGCCACCGUGGCUACUUUCCUCCUGCAGCUGUUUGAACAUGACAAGGAUCUGAAGCUGGUGAACAGCUAUCUGAAGUCGUGUUUCCUCAUCUUUCCUAAUUAUAACCUGGGUCACGGGCUGAUGGAGAUGGCCUACAAUGAAUACAUUAAUGAGUACUAUGCUAAGAUAGGUCAGUUUGAUAAGGUGAAGUCUCCGUUUGAGUGGGACAUUGUGACCCGUGGACUGGUGGCUAUGACCAUAGAGGGAUUUGUGGGCUUUCUUAUCACUAUUCUGUGCCAGUACAACUUCCUCAGAAAACCUCAGAGAGUGCCUGUGAACAGUCAGCCCAUUGAAGAUGAUGAUAUUGAUGUAGCUCGUGAAAGACGAAGAGUGCUGAGAGGAGAUGCUGACAAUGACAUGCUGAAGAUUGAAAAUCUCACUAAGGUGUAUAAGUCUCGUAAGAUGGGGCGUAUCCUGGCAGUGGACCGCUUAUGUCUAGGCGUCCGUCCUGGGGAGUGUUUUGGGCUGCUGGGGGUCAACGGGGCAGGAAAGACCACCACUUUCAAAAUGUUGACUGGAGACGAAAGCACCACAGGAGGAGAGGCCUUCAUCGGAGGACACAGUAUUCUGAAGGAAUUGUUGCGUGUGCAGCAGAGCAUUGGCUACUGUCCUCAGUUUGACGCUCUUUUUGAGGACCUGACAGCGCGAGAGCACCUAGAGCUGUACACACGCCUCCGGGGGAUACCCUGGAAGGAUGAGGAGCGGGUGGUGCAGUGGGCUCUGGAAAAGCUCGAGUUGUCUAAAUAUGCCGAUAAGCCAGCGGGCACUUACAGCGGAGGGAACAAGCGCAAGCUCUCCACAGCCAUUGCGCUGAUCGGAUACCCCUCUCUGAUUUUCCUGGAUGAGCCCACCACAGGCAUGGACCCCAAGGCCCGCCGUUUCUUAUGGAACCUCAUUCUUGAUAUCAUCAAGACGGGACGGUCGGUGGUGCUGACAUCACACAGUAUGGAAGAGUGCGAGGCGCUGUGCACUAGGCUGGGGAUCAUGGUUAAUGGCAGGUUUAAGUGUUUGGGCAGCAUUCAGCAUCUCAAGAACAGGUUUGGGGACGGCUACAUGAUCACAGUGCGCACUAAGACUACAGCUAGUGUGAAGGAAGUGAUCCGAUUCUUCAACAGGAACUUCCCAGAGGCUAUUUUGAAGGAGAGACACCACACCAAGAUCCAGUACCAGCUGAAGUCAGAGCGCAUUUCUCUGGCUCAGGUCUUCAGUAAGAUGGAGCAGGUGGUGGAGGUGCUGAGCAUCGAGGAUUACUCAGUGAGCCAAACUACUCUCGACAACGUUUUUGUGAACUUUGCCAAAAAGCAAAGCGACAACCUGGAACAACAGGAGAGUUCGCCCUCUAGUGGGGGUCAGUCGCCACUGCAGCGUCUGCUGAGCAUCCUGCGACCCAGACCAGCUAAUACAGAACUAAGCGCUCUGGUCAGCGAGGAGCCAGAGGAGCUGGAGAGUGAUGAUGAUGAAGGACUCAUCAGCUUUGAGGAAGAGAGGGUGCAGUUAUCCUUUAACACAGAUACACUCUGCUGAAGCAGCACCUAAAGUGACAGAGAACGGUAACAAACAAAGCCUCAAGUAAAGACCAGCCUGACCAGCGAGAGACAUUCCUGAGCUGAGCAAAAGGUCCUUCUACCAGGCCUUAUGAAGAGAGGUGCAGUUUUUCUAGUUUUGCACUGCAACAGAGGACCUAGUACAGAGCCCUGCUGAACACCGCCAGUACAAAGAUGUGUUUCAGUGGAAGGCACGAAUACUCAGUGCCUGUGAGUUACAACAAGAUACCAGAUCAGAGUAAACUGAUGUGGUGCACAGGAUAAGAGACUCAGAGAAAGCCCUGGAUAAGGCCUGCCCACUGCUAUAAAGAACGCUUGAAGUUUUGUUGUAAUUGUGUUUUGAUUUUAGACUGAAGCCUGCUGGAUGGGAUUAAAAGAGAAUGUAUUUGUUGAAUGGACACUUGGUCAGAUUUGAGUUGUUUUUUUUGUUUGUUUUUUUUUUUUUUACAUAGAAGUAAAAGGACUAAGAGAUACUGGAUUUAAUUACAUGUUCAUGCUGUUCUGAACUAGUGCUUUACAGCUGUUGAUGUCAUGAGGUAACAUAUCAUCCCCUAUAAGGUACGACCAUUUUGGGUUCCGCCUUUGUACCAUGUUAUUUUUAUGACACGGUUUUGUUUAUUUUUCAGUUGAAACCCUGAUGUGACUACGUCUUUUUGUAAAGUUGGACCUAAUCUUUGUUAAUGUCGAACCUGCCUUGAAAGCAUGCUAUAGAGUCAAGCCUGUGGUAUGUCCUAUAUUUUUCUGUUGUCUGUACAUGGAAGAAUGAUUUAUUUUCCCUACUGAGAUGUUUUGAAGACAUGUGAUUCUUGUGAACUGUCAAAGAAUGCUGACGUACAAAUGCACCUUUAAAGGGGCCGAGAUUAGGUAUGAAAUGAUUUUUAUAUGGCCUUCAGUCGAAUUGGUCAGAACCAGCCCUGAAAGAGAGGUCACAAUGUUUAAGACGAUUGACCACAUAGUGAAUGUAAAUGGCAUGAAAAUGUUUUGCACAGAUUGGUGCCUCCUGAUCAAUGGGGUGUUUUUUCCUAUUUAAGAGACGAAUGGAGCACUUUCUAUACUUUCGACGGAUUCUAUAAUUACGGGCUACGGAAAGUUGUGUUUAUCCUCACUUUUAGGUAACGUGUUAAAAAAAACUGCAUUGGGCAGAUGCAAGCUCCUAUGCGAGAUGUCAAUGUACAGUAAAUGUUUGAAAUAACUGUUUCGCCAUCACUGUGAAGCCAAAGGUGAACUUUUGAGUCACUAUUUAAAAAAACAAAAAAACAAAACAAACAUAGAUUUCAGGACCUUAUCAGGAGCUUACAGGUUUUUUCUUGUUUUGUUCAGGAGCCCAACUGGGACGUGUUUGUGAUUAUUUGAUAAUUCUUCUCUGUAAUUAAUUUUAGCAAAUUUACUGUAAAAAGUGUCCUAAAAGUGAGAUGUUUUUUUUUUUCCUCCAAUGGUUUGAAAUAAUUUGAACAGAUGUCCUGACCUGUCUGGGAUCGUAUUUGCUGUAAGUUCUAUUUGAUCCGUGCUAUAGUGUAUUGACAGUCUUAAACGCUGUUCAGUGUGUGGCUCAUGCCGUGCUUUAUGAUUUUUAGCUUCUAAAGAUGGUUUGUGGUCUUCAAAACUAAGACAGAAAGAGAUCAUAGCUUGUGAAUACAAUGUUCUCUAGUUUCCCAGCAUAUGAGGAAGAAAGGACUUGCUAGAAGUGAGUGAAGGUGGCCCCCAGAGCAACUUGUUUUAUUUUUGUCCAUGUGAAAUGACCAAAGGGAAAAUCAAGCAUAUUUUUAGAUGUACGAGCUAUAUAUGAGUUUGCUAUUCACAAUUUGUUUUGUAUAUUAGAAGAGUCAGGUGUUCAGAUCCAUUGAUUAAUCACACUUCAGGGCACUGCAACUUGCAUCUAACAGCAGAACUAAAGCAUAUUGAUGUUAGGGUCAAAGACACCAGCAACCAAUGAGCUUGACUGCAUAUCAGAGAAAAGUGCACUGAAUUUAUUUGGAAGAUGGGUUAAGAGAAGAAUUGGUUUUUAAUGUGUGAGCAAGUGCUUUAGAACAUCACUUACAUGUACUUAAGUACUUAGACAUGCAUAUAGUUAUUUGUUUAUAGUUUCUUUUUUCAUGCAUUGCAACUUCAUUUGAAUCCCUGUUCAAAUGAAUCCCCUCGUAACAGACUGACUUGACUUUUAAGCUUGUUUCUGAUUGUUUCCAUACUCUUGUGAUGAGGUGUUCAGGUGUUUUUAAUAUGAACUGGAAAAAAAAAAUAAAAUAAAAUCAUUGAAUUGUGUUGGUUUGGAA